AUGAUGGAUAAUCAGCUGAACUUGUUGUGCAAAGAGCAGCUCAGCUGCGAAGCUUUGGCUGGACACCUUUAUCCAGUCGAUAUUUUAGCAGGUAAUCCUGAGGUUAUCCAAGAAGCAGCUGAGGCCUACUAUGAAAAACUUUUGCAGCAAGCUUCAUCAUCUCCUGAGUUUUUUUCCAUUCCUGGUGGAGAGAAGGUUAAACUUGAAGAUUCCUGUGUGUGUUUCCUUCCUGUGUACCGAGAAGAGCCAAAAUUUAAAAUUUUGGUGUUAGUAGAUCCACAGGCUAAAGAAAGAGUUUUGGCAAUUUACCUUAACCAGUCCUGGUGGCCCAUUGAAGAUAUAGUGAAGACUGCUGAUUCCUCUAGAGAAGGGCUUAUACAGGUCCAAACAUCUGGAGAAAGGAUCGUCCUCUUUGUUCUCAACUCCAUUAUUUUUGGAAUGUUAGAAAGGAGUUCAGCUAAUGAUACAUUCUUCAUAUCUCAUUCCGCCAAGGAGUCUGCCAAAAUAUUCUGGAGGAAUGGAGAUGCUGUUGCCUUUUACACAGUCAAAAUGAAAGGAAGCCUGUGUGAUGUUAACACCAGUCAAUGCUACCUGCUCCCAGUUCUGGAUACUGUAUUUGUCCGGAGAAAGUACAGAAGGUGCGGCCUAGGGAUGAAAAUUCUGCAUGAUUUCUGUCAAUCUUUUGUGACCGAAGAUGCCUUGGGGAUCAGCUGCCCUAUUUCUGCUGACAUGUACCAAGUUUGCCAGAAAUUCUUGCAGACCUAUCCAGAGGAGCAGGACCGACUGUGGGAGGUGGAAGCACCAGGGGACUGGAGCCAGCGUGUUAGUAUCUGGUUAAAGAUUCAACUGGAACCUGCCCUUACAAAUAGUGCAGACUUCUCCUUGUCAUGUUCAGAAAACACAGUUCGUCAGACUGCUUCAGAGGAGGAAGGAGGCUGUCAUGUAGAGAGAGCUCAGGAUGAUGAACCCAGACGCUUAGAUGCAGGCCAGAUGAAUGAGGGAGUCGAAUGCAUUCCUGAUAUUAGGGAAGUGCCACAAGAAGCCAGAGACGACAAAGAUAACACAGCAGGAGAAGCAAGGACAUUACACCUGCAAGUUCCCAAGGAGGAGGACUUUAGUCAAGGCACAGCUGAUACGCAGCGAAGUAAGGGAUCGAGGAAAAGAGCAAGCACGAUGGGCCUGCUUGAAGACAAGACAACUAAGCAUCUCCGAAUGAUGCCUUAAUUGCCUCACUCAAGGAGCAAAUCCACUGUGCAGUCAUAAAAGGCUAAAAUAAUCAGCUAAAAUAAUCAGAAUCUCUAACCACACUGAGAUUUCUCCAGAUUAGUUACAAGGGUUUUGCAAGGUAAAUAUUCUGAAUCUUUACAAAAUAAAAAUAAACUAUUGUUCUUUUAAUUGUUCUUUUCUUUUGCUUCCUACCAAGAAAUUAAAUAGUAGUCGAGCCUAGUUAUUUCCCUGCUUUGGAAAGAUUUUAAUGGAUCGCGUGAGAUGUCUAGAAAGAAGUAAUUAGGUGACUUGUAGAUACUGAUGUAAGAAGAUAUUUCUAUGGAAACAACAUCCUGUAUUAUGCAAGGGAGAUACCGCAACACAGGUUGGUAUCAGAAUGACGGCUCUGUAACCUCCCUUUCAAAAAGAACAGUUGAUCUGGAAAUUCUUUCAGCUGAGCUUUUCCAGCAGAAAAAUCUGCCUUAAGCUACAAAGUGGACGGGGGGAUGGGGACAAAAAAAAAAACGCAUGGUCUACAUUAAUGCAGAAGUUUGGAACAGAGAGAAAGCUACAGGCCAUAAAUUGCCUUUAAGUUUAGACACUGAGAUCACAUUGUGUAUAUAAUUUAAGGCACAGUUGUAGGAACUUUGUGUGGAUUGCUUAUCUCACGUAUUGUAUUUCAU